CUCAGUACGUCUUACUUUGACUUUAACAGUAUUCAUAGUUACCAGACGUUCUAAGAUGUACAAAGACUUAUGAGAAUGUUAAUAAAUAAGAGGAUACAAAUACUUUUGUCGACGGUUAUAAUAAUGGUGUUUGUAAUAUGGGUAUUCGACAGCGUAAUGAUUGACAAGGAAUGGCGACUUUACAUGCCUGAACUCAAGGAAAUCGGCAAAAAAGAAAAAAGUGAAAACGUUGUUGCUAUGACUCCUUUAAACUAUAAGGACGACACAAAAAAAGAAAUUAUGAAAUACUAUUGGACUUCCUUACAUACUACUUUAGCCAACUAUCCAAGUCUGCCUACUCUGCAUGAAAGAAAUACAUUAUACCAUUAUGUGAUUUCUUCAGCUUCUUUAUUUCCUUGUGGUGAUUGCUCCAUUGUUUCGCAAAAGUUAAUGCGAAAGUAUCCUCCUCAGAUUGGGUCUCGUAAAUCAGCGCUAACUUGGGGAUGUAAAAUUCAUAGAAAAUUCAACGAAGAGUUUAACCUAACGGUUCCUACCUGUGAUGACAUUGCAGCUUCAUAUAUCAUAGGAUCUGGAGACUCCAAGGAAGUUACAAACCAGAACGAGAACGAGCGUUUCAUGGACUAUACAAUACAAGAGCAUGGACCAGACAAGUCCGGAUAAAACCAAAGCGACUCUUCUCGUUCACUAAAUCCGUUGGUUCAUGUUUGGUGAGAUAUAGCGGCUAGGCCGCAAGUUAUGCAACCUAUUACUUUACUUUAUUUUCUUCUUUGUUAAUAUUAUAUCAUUCAAUGUUAGAUGGUCGUGUAACACGUAAUAAAUAAAGUCUAUUGCUUUAGAGCUGUAUGGCGCAUACUGCUAACGCGAUCAGCUAGAUUUAUAGCAUUACCAGAAUACACCUCUCUUUUCAUUUCACGAAGGAAAUCUCCUUGAUUAUUCCAUUUUCUAGCAGUACUAGAUCUUUCCUCCUCAUUUUUAGCAGUUUCAGUCCGUUCCUCCUGUUCUAAUUUACGAAGUUUCUCUACCCUGUUUUGUUCUAAACUUUGGGCAUUGUCUUGCAUUUCUCGUAAUCGAUGCUCACGAAUGUCUUCUGCUGAGGGUCCACCGGAGUCGACGUGUGACCUAUAAUAGCUUCGUCGUUGUGGUGAAGGUGACCUAGAAAGAUGUCGUUUCGGACGGUGACUUUCUCUGCCAUGCCUCCGUCUGUCUUGGUAAGGAUGCAUUUUUUCAUCGUCUCGAUCGUCUGCAUACCUUCUGUCGCGAUAGUGUCGAUCAGAAUAUUCUUUUCGUGAAUGCCGAUCUGUCCGCGAACCGUUUUUGUAAGAAUCGUAUCGUCGAGAGUCACUAUAGCGACCACGUCCAUCGUAACCUUUUUCUCGUGAGUUCGAUAGACGACCACGAUAAUCCGAAUCUCUUUUCCUUUUUUCAUCUUCCAUUAAUUUCCUUUUUUUCUUCUCUGCUAAUAUCUGCAUCUGUUUCUGCUCUUGUUGCUUUAUAGCCAAAAGAGGAUCUAAUCGAAUCUUGGAUUGGGUGUCUUGAACGGAAUUGGCAUUUUGCAAUGAUAUAAACUCAGUUUUGUUAAGAGAAUUUUUCUGAUCUUCCACUUUGUCACUUAAAAGGUCGUCCAGUCGCCGUUUUCCAAGUAAAUAUUCUUCCAUUUCUGAGGCAUCUCGUUUCGCUCCUUCUGCUGUGGGAACUGCAUACAUCCAUUCGACGCGAUCUUUUCUUUUCUUUCCUCCCGCUGCUUCCUGUAAUCUCUGGAGCUCCAAAAGUUGUCGUUCUUCUUCAAUUUCUCUUCGUAAUUGUUCGACUCUUUUGAGCUCUUCCUUAUGAGUUUGUUCUUCUUUCCACACCCUCUCUUGAUUUCUCAUUAAAAGAGGGUGCCUACAUUUAGUUAGCUUCUGCUUCUUCAGUUUCUUCACAAUAUAUUUUUGUUAAUACGUAC